CGCUCUUCCAACGCAAAAAUUAAACAAAAUAAACAAAGUUAGAUGCAUUAAUGAUAAAAUCCGACACAGUGCGUCCCCACUGAUACUCGGAAGUGUGUGCUACCUUGGACCGCGGCUCAGCUCAAAUCCGCUACUCAUUAAAAGUUGAUGCUGCAGUAGCGCAGCAGCGGCCAUCAACAAAAAAGAAAACCUCGAAACCCAAUCGCGUGCAAAGUACAAAAAGUGUGUAUUAUUUAAUAAUAAUUGUCGCUAACCAUUAUCGUGUGCUAAAUAUUGGGCACUAUACCCCAUAGUGGUGCAAUUAAAGGCCAAACGCAGCGAUUUGCUGCCGCGGCGGUGGUGCAAAGAGAACAUAAAAUCGCUGGCAAGAAGAAGAGCCUAUAGUGGCGCUGUGUGAGAAAAUAAAACAAAAAAGACAACACAACGCGCAUUGCAGCGUCCACUGGAGGCUUCCACCAAUUAAAUCGGAAGUAAAAUAAAUGUAAAGCCAGCACGUAAUUGCAAUAAACGAAGAAAAAGAUCCAGUGCAUAUUUGUUUUUGUAUGCUGCAGGCCGCCGCUGCAGGUGCUGCUGCUGCUUGCGCUUGGCGCUUUCGAGACAACACGACGCUGCCAACGCUGACGACAUGCGCGCGUAGAGUUGCCAGCUCCAAAUUGCAAAGGUUGCCGUUGUGCCGUUGUUCCGUGGCCGUGUGCCGAGUGCCGUUUCUUGGGAAUAGUUUUUGAAAAUUCAGUUGUUCUUGUGCUAAGAUGAUUCGGUCGAUAUGCUUUUGGCGGUCCCAGGCCGCACCAAGUGGAUAACAGUCGAGUGAGAGAGCAGCAGAUCAGCGAUCACCGUAAAGCCAGCCACCAGCAAACAUCAGCAUCAGUCCAUUUGACAUCGGGUGCAGACCACCCGCGAGCUACAUCUUAUAAUUUCUUCACCCCGCGUCGAGAUCUCCAGCGAGGGAUUGACGACGCCGCUUAGAUAGAAUUUCUUCCCCCCGUAGUUAAAGAAAAAGCUGCCACCAUUCGGAAGAAAAAUACCUCUAAUAUGACCCAUAAUCUCGGUAUGGCGCCAUAUCGUUUGCCGGGUCCAGCAGGCGGCCUCUGUCCGCCUGACUUCAAACCGCCGCCUCCGUCGGAUAUCAUCUCGGCGCCGAGCAAUCCCAAGAAGCGGCGGAAAACAUCGAAUGCGGCCAACUCGGCUGCUGCGGCAGCGGCGGCGGCGGCAGCAGCUGCGGCCGCCGCUGCCAAUUCAAUGCAGCAACAAUCAGCACCACCAACGCCGCAGGAUCUGUUGCCGCCGCCGCCGAUGGGCGGCUUCGGAGACACCAUUAUUGCCUCGAAUCCCUUUGACGACAGCCCUCAGGUCUCGGCCAUGUCGAGCUCGGCCGCCGCGGCGAUGGCGGCCAUGAACCAAAUGGGCGGAGGUCCAGGACCUGGACACUUUGGCGGCGGACAUCCGCAUCCGCACUGGGAGGAUCGCAUGGGCAUGGGCGGUGGCCCGCCGCAUAUGCAUCCCCACAUGCAUCCGCACCAUCCGGGCGGACCGAUGGGUCAUCCCCAUGGACCCCCGCAUCACAUGGGCGGUCCACCGCCAAUGCGUGGCAUGAGUCCAAUGCAUCCGCAUGCGAUGGGACCCGGCCCUGGAGUGGGACUGCCGCCGCAUAUGAAUCACGGACGACCUGGUCCCGGUGGCCCCGUGCCCAUGGGCAGUCCCAUGGGCGCCAUGGCUGGAAUGGGCGGAAUGAGUCCAAUGGGCAAUAUGGGAGGACCAAGCAUAUCACCACAUCACAUGGGCAUGGGAGGACUCUCGCCAAUGGGCGGUGGUCCGAACGGACCCAACCAGCGGGCCAUGCAGGGCUCUCCCAUGGGAGGAGCUGGCGGUCCUGGCCAAAACUCGCCCAUGAAUUCGUUGCCGAUGGGCUCGCCGAUGGGUAAUCCCAUUGGUAGUCCCCUUGGACCGCCUUCAGGUGGUCCGGGGCCGCAGCAGCAGCAGCAACAACAACAACAGCAACAGCAACAACAACAACCUCCGCAGCCACCCAUGAACAAUGGACAGAUGGGUCCGCCCCCGUUGCACAGUCCUCUGGGCAAUGGACCGACGAAUCAUGGCAGUCAUAUGCCAGGUGGACCCGGUCCAGGUCCUGGGCCUGGGCCCGGUGGCCUCGUCGGACCAGGUGGCAUGUCUCCCGCCAACAACAACAACAGCGGCGGCGGCGGAGGAGGAGGUGGUCCGGGAAACAACAUGCUCGGCAACAACAACAGCAACAAUGCAAGCAACAACAAUCAAAAUCCUCAUCUGUCGCCGGCCGGUGGCCGUCUCGGAGUGCCCACGUCGCUGCAAUCGAAUGGCCCCUCAUUGUCGGCCGCCUCCUCGGCAUCGGCAACGGGGUCGACGCCCACGCAAACAUCGACAGCGACGACCGCAUCAUCGAUGUCCACGUCAGUGCCUACAUCCUCGCCAGCGCCGCCCGCCAUGUCACCGCAUCACUCGCUGAACAGUGCCGGCCCCAGUCCGGGCAUGCCCAACUCGGGUCCCAGUCCUCUCCAAUCGCCCGCCGGUCCGAAUGGUCCACAAAACAACAAUAACAAUAACAAUGGACCCAUGAUGGGCCAGCAAAUGAACCCGAAUGUUCCUAUGCAGCAACAACAGCAGCAACAACAACAACAACAACAACAGCAGCAACAGCAACAACAACAGCAGCAGCAACAACAACAGCAGCAGCAGCAGCACAUGGGCGGUCCUCCUGGUCAUGGACCCGGGCACGGUCACGGUCACGGUCAUGGGCACGGUCACGGUCACGGGCAUGUCCAUGGACAUGGGCACGGCCCUGGCAUGGGCAUGAAUCAGAUGUUGCCGCCCCAGCAACCAUCGCAUCUUGGUCCACCGCACCCGCAGCUAAUGAAUCAUCCGCACCACCAUCCGGGUGGACCACCCCCGCCCCAUAUGAUGGGUCCCGGCGGACCAGGCGGCGGCAUGCAUGGUGGACCAGGCGGUAUGCCUCCCCACAUGGGCGGCGGCGGCCCCAAUCCCCACAUGAUGGGUGGACCGCACGGGAAUGCAGGUCCGCAUAUGGGACACGGGCAUAUGGGCGGUGUGCCAGGACCAGGCCCGGGACCAGGAGGCAUGAACGGACCCCCACACCCGCACAUGUCGCCCCACCACGCACACGCCCAUCCCCACCAUCAUCACAGUCCCAUGGGUGGCCCCGGACCCAAUAUGUUUGGCGGCGGAGGACCCAUGGGUCCUGGCGGACCGAUGGGAAACAUGGGACCCAUGGGCGGCGGCGGGCCAAUGGGUGGACCGAUGGGAGUGGGACCCAAGCCGAUGACAAUGAGCGGUGGCAAGAUGUAUCCGCCUGGGCAGCCGAUGGUCUUCAAUCCCCAGAAUCCCAAUGCGCCGCCCAUAUAUCCGUGUGGCAUGUGCCACAAGGAGGUGAACGACAACGAUGAGGCCGUGUUCUGUGAAUCCGGAUGCAACUUCUUCUUUCACAGAACCUGCGUGGGGCUGACCGAGGCGGCCUUCCAAAUGCUCAACAAGGAGGUGUUUGCAGAGUGGUGCUGCGACAAGUGUGUGUCUUCCAAGCAUAUUCCCAUGGUCAAGUUCAAAUGUUGAAGCGGAAUGGAGGAACGGACUACGGAAGGCAGCAGCGAAGGAACCUAUCAAUCAACCACCAGCAACAACACCACCAACACCAGCUAGCACUCACUCACUGUAUAAAAUAUCCAAGCAUACUCUACUAUCUUAAUUGUACAAUUUAUAAGCUGCUCAAUAGUCAAGUCAUGUCCCCCCCCCCCCCUCCCCACGAUUACCCCCGGAUGCCGCCCAGGCCGAGGCCGAGAGACGAUGGCAGGCCCCGAACUAAAGUGCCGGAGCAGUGUUGUGACUUUCAGCUCCGGGCUCCCAGGAUCCAUCCGGCUCAAAAUCCCAAAACCUCUUUAAGCGCAAGCAAGCGCAAAAGAAAAAACCUAAACGAAAUCUGUAAACGAAAUAUGUUUAAUUGUAAUAUAAAUGUAAUGUGUAUAUGUCUGCUCGUUCAGCAAAAGAAAAGAGCAAUCAAACCAGACCAGACGAAGCGCAGUGUGUGUGUGCCCCCCCGCUUGGCGCAUCAGGGCAAUCAAAAACCAAGCUAAGGAACAUCUAGAAUCUAGUUUGUAAUAUAAAGCAAAAUUUGAUAGGCGUUAAAUGUGACAAAAACAUAAGGAAACACCCACACACACACA